CUACAAACACGCACACGCAGUCGAAACGUCAAAAAAGCGACACAUAGAAUAAUGACGAACAUUAAAUAAAAAAAAUUACUAAGAAUAAAAUUAAAGUAGUUUUGGUGUUUUUCUUUUGAUUUUAUCCCGAUUAUUUUUGUUUGGUGUCGACAAUCGGUGAUAUUUUUCGUACAUUCAAUAUCAUUUCGAUAAAAAUCCGAAUUGAACAUAAGAACGCGGUAGUAAAUUUGGCCAAUUCAAUUUUUUUUUCUCUUCAAUAUACCCCAAUAUUAGUCAAAACAAUCAGUGUGUGUGAUGGGUUUGUGUAAAUGUCCAAAGCGAUUAGUUACGAAUCAAUUUUGUUUUGAGCAUCGGGUCAAUGUUUGCGAGCAUUGCAUGGUUAACAGCCAUCCAAAAUGUAUCAUUCAAUCGUAUAUUCAAUGGCUAAAAGAUAGUGAUUACGACUCAUCGUGUGCAUUGUGCAAGAAUUCCCUGGAGUCGGAUGAAUGCAUUCGUCUAACGUGCUAUCAUGUAUUCCAUUGGUCGUGUUUGAACGAACGUGAAUCGGCGUUGCCAAGCAAUACAGCGCCCGGUGGCCAUACGUGCCCAACAUGUUAUGAUCAAAUAUUCCCGUCACCAAAUCUUAUAUCACCCGUAGCCGAUGUUCUUCGUAGCCGUUUGAAAAAAAUUUCAUGGGGACGAGAUGAAUUUGGAGCGAUUCUGAAACCGAAUGCAACAUUUUCGGAUAAUUCAAAGUCAAAUCAAUUACAAGCAUCCAAUUCCAGUUCCAAUUCAGCCGUGGACAAUGUCUCAAUCAAAAAUAGUGUGAGUGCAUUGUCAUCAUCAAGUAUCAAUAAAUCUUCUUCGAUUCACGAAACGCCAAAAGACCAUUCCAUUAAUAUCGACUCAGCAGCACCAUAUUUUCAAGCAAGUAGUCGCCGGCCAUUGCUGAGCCGAGAGCCACCAAUCGGUAUUGAUAGAGAUGAAAACAAGUAUAAACGGCGAACACCAGCGGAAAUCUUCUCCAGAUGGUCGCGGAGAUUGUAUGUUCCACCAUCGCGUCCACCAUGGCGCCGGACGUGGUUUAUCGUGUUGAGCGGCAUUGUGAUCUUUGUUUUUAUAAUAUACAUUAUGGCCUCAUUGGGUCGACGCAAUAAUACCAAUUCCGAUGAUACUAUCGAAUAUCCACACAAUUAAUUUCUACCGAUGAAGAAAAAAAACCUAUUAUUAUUUUCAAUUCGAUUAAUAUUUUUAUUUUGCAUUCUGUUUCAAAUUCCAACAACAGCCACAACAACAACAAAAAUACACUAAGAAUAAAGAAGCAUUGUAAUGCGAAUGUUAUGGAUUCAUAAAUAAAUGUUGAUUUCUAUUCACGAUAUAGACAAUAUA